AUGGAUUCCAGCGCCAAUAAAUUCUAUCCUGUACACGGCUUUGAUUCUAGAGAACAUCUGGAAACAUAUUUUUCUAACAAACCAGACAUGGUCUUUAGAGACGAUUCACUUAAAUUUCCAAUGGAAAGUUUACACCGUGCAUUCAGUGAGGGUCACAUUAAGGGAGACCUUUUGAUUGACAUCAGUUAUGGAUCUUUCAUUCAUCAUCUCUAUACAGCCAGUGGAUAUUUCAACCAGAUCCUUGUGCUGAAGUGUUCUGAGCAAUGUAUUAUGGAGCUGAACAGAUGGAUUAACACACGUACCGGAGCGUUUGAUUGGUCUCACACAAUGGAAUAUAUUAAAUGCACAGAAGGAAAUAGUGACCAAUGUCAGGACAAUCACAUGACAUUGAAGACGGCAAUAACAAAGAUCAUGAAAUGUGACACUGACAAUGAGAAUCUCACAGACCCGGAGGUGCUCCCACCAGCAGACUGUGUCAUCAGUGCAUCUAUGCUGGAAUUCAUCAGCAAAGACCAAGAUGAUUUUAUAAAUAAUUUCAGAAAAUUUGUGAAGCUACUAAAACCUGAAGGAACCCUGAUAUUGAUAGGGUCUUUAAAUACAACUUACAUGAUGGUUGGGCAGGACAGGGUACAUGCCUUCACAUAUGAUGAGAAAUUUGUAAGAAAAGUUCUCACUGAUGAAGGGUUUGUUAUUGAUCACUGUGCAGUCCAGAAAAAAACAGCAGUGAGUGACCUUACUGACUAUGAGGCAAUUAUAUUUAUCACAGCUCACAGAGAGUAA